UAUGAUUAGAUGAGUAGAAAGAACGGAAUUACAUCUCCGACUUAAUGGAAAAUAACUUCGGUUUGCUGAUGUUUUAAUCAUGUCAUCAAAUAGCAUAACACAUUUUAUCUCAACAGCAAAAGAUCUAAGUGACCUUCUUUACAUAGAAAAAUUCUUUGAAAAGCAUUCAUUGACCCCGCUUUCUCUUGAGAAUUGCAUUGUAAAUGAUCUUGAAAGGCUGUUCGAUUCUGUUCUUAACACACCAAUUCCUAACAAUGAUCACAUGAAAGGUCUUUUAGGCAUAAUAAAAUGUUUGCGGCAGAUUUCACUAUGC